UGCUAAAGCUAAAAUAGUGCAGGAGUCUAAGUAAAGGCUGAAUCCCGAAUGCCUUCCGAUUUCCUUUAUAGUGCACUACGUAGGCUGUAGAAGCCGCUAUUUCAUCUCCUCUGAAGUGUACACUUUUAAGACGUUCGCGGUUAUUUGGAAUUUUGUUUCAAUGUCGUCCGUUCUGGUUAGUGCGAGCUAUUUAAAGUUUUCUUUUCGGGCUGUAUUUGCUGGUUAGCAGACUAGCAUCGAAUCAAAGAAGGGGGGAGCGCCGGCCUGGCGAUCCGGGGCUUUUCCUGAAACUCGAAUCCGACCACCGUGAGGGAAUGAUGGGGCGCGACGCCGUUGAUUUCCCGGUGGCUGUGGUGCUGCCGGCCGCUGGUAGCGGUGAAAGGACAGGACUGGCGACCCCCAAACAGUUCUGCACCUUCCUCAACAGACCACUCAUCAGCUUCACCAUCGAAACUUUUGAAAGAAUCCCAUGGGUCAAAAGCAUCGUUGUUGUAGUUGCUAAGGAGAGCCGUGACCCCAUGCUGAACAUCGUCCAACAGUUUCAUCAUACAAAAGUCAAAGUGGUCGAAGGAGGAACCACGAGACAUAGAUCCAUCUUCAGCGGCCUUCAGGCGUUAAGUGAGAGCUCAGAGGACCCUGUGCUUCCCAGACCGAAGGUGGUCAUCAUCCACGAUGCUGUGCGUCCGUUCGUUGACGAGGAGUUUCUACUCAAAAUCACACUGGCAGCCAAAGAACAAGGGGCUUCUGGAGCCAUUCGUCCUCUGGUGUCCACAGUGAUUGCCACCACCUCCGAAGGCUUCCUGGACCACUCGCUGGAGCGAACCAAGUACAGGGCCAGUGAAAUGCCCCAAGGAUUUCUCUAUGACGUCAUCUAUCAGGCCUACCAACGGUGCAGCGAGUUUGACUUUGAGUUUGGCACUGAGUGCCUGCAUUUGGCCCUGCAGUACAGCGGCACCAGUGCCAAGCUUAUUGAGGGACCACCGACACUGUGGAAAGUGACGUACAAACGAGAUUUGGCUGCAGCAGAGUCAAUUAUCAAAGAGUCUCUCUCGCUGUCAGUAUGCCUCAUCUCAGGAGCCAUGGCAGAAACCGUUGAGCUUUCCAGCCGGCUCCAGAAAAACCUGGAAUCCCACCAUAUGACAGUGGAGGUUAUCUCAUGCAUAAAAGAAAAUAAUGAACUGCUGCUAAAGACCAGGAACUUCAUCCAGAUCUCUACCAGUGGUGCGAGUUUAUCUGAAACCGAGGAGAUGGUGAAGGUUUUUGAGGAGACAAAGCAUGCCCUUUUGUAUCCGGUUGUUAUUGUACAGGUUCAGUUAUGUAUGUCAGAAGAGGCGGCAGAUAUCCGAAAGAACGAGGAGCUGAAGGCCAUCGUGGAUCUCUCUAGAAUGGUCAAACAGGGGAAUGUCUUACUCUACAGUGUGCAAAUUAUUUACUCCAAGGUCCCUGAGCUCUGGGAGAGGUCUGUAGAAAGGCUAACAGAGAUCAUAGAAUCUCUUAUCAGAGACAGAAACCCUGUUCUUAUUGGACAGAUGCUACAAGCCUGAGGCACCAGGGUCAGCACACACACACACACACACACACUACAUUUAUAAUCCUCUUUUUGGAUUUUUUCCAGUUACAUGUAUGUUUGUAUUGUAAUUAAAUGAUUAAAGAGUGAUGCAUCCCACCUCAAUCCCAGUAACCCAGAAGAAAUCUGAAGUGCAGUAUAUUUUAUUUUUAAUCGAAGCUAUACUUUCUGUUAAAAAAUAUAUAUAUAUAUAUAUAUAUAAAAUAUUCAUGCCAAAUGUCUCAAAUGUAACAGACACAUUUUGUCCCUAUAAGAAGAUUAAAAAAUAAAACGCACUCAUUGCACCUCAGCCAUUAAAUCCACUGUACUGUCAAUACAUUAUAUGUGAAAGCAGU